AUGGCGGAAGGGAUUGCCACUUUGCAAUUCCUGUACUCGCGUUCUGGGAGGUCGUUUUCUGACGGCCCUUCUUCGAACGCAGCGGGUGGGUCUCGUCAUACUGCUCGACGAGACCCAGGACAUCAGCGAUCAGCUGGGAACGAGGCUCUCAGAUUUCCCGAGUCGGUGGAUAGCCACGCCAGCGGACGAGGUAGCUCUUCCGGACGCCAAUCACGUCGCGGUGUUUCAAGUGACUCUCCACUAGAAAUCGUUGACCACCGCGAGAUUCAAUUGAAGGAUGUAGUGGUGCGGGACCACCUGAUCCGGCUCGAGGGUCGGAUCAGCUUGAUGUUCAGGGGAUAA